GGCUACUUUAAUUCCCACCCCUAUCCACGCACAUCCGGUACUUGCCUACCACACAACCGGACUGUAUAUUUAUAACCAGGCACAGACGUAUCCAGGGUUCACGAUCACGCGGUGAUGAUCCCGACGGCUGAUAUGCUAUUCUGCCUUACCGUGCAACUAUACCCGUUAACCAUGCCACAAAGACAAUACACACACGCGAAGUGAUCACUGGAUGGAUGAAAAGCUGUUAUUACAACAAUCAUCUUUUUUUGGCUUGCUUUGAUCAGACACCAUAUCUGCUUUGAUGUGAUGCAUUAAGUUGAGGUACACGACGCACGACCGCUACAAUGGUGUUGGCAUGGUUCCUGUCGCCGUUCUUGGUCCUGGUGGUUCCUGUCACGGGUGGCUCAGGAUUGCUCGCCAUUACUAACCUCCCGCAGACGAUAUCUGUACCUGAAGACACCCAGCCGUGGGCGCGUAUCUUUACUGUGAAGACGCCGGGGAUGACGCCGGGGAUGACGCCGGGGAUGGCGUACAACAUGACGCCGGACACCAACUUCUCCAUCAACGCCCUGGGUCAGGUGCAGGUCAGCGCUCCCCUGGACUACGAUUUGCUUCCUAAAGACAACACACUCAUGUUGGAAAUAAGCGUCACCAGCACAACCAAAAAAACAAAAACCUUCACGGGGAACCUAACGGUGGUUGUGACCAACGUGUUUGAUGUUCCUCCAAAUCUGACGUCAAACACUAGUGUUGUGACGGUGAAGGAAGAGCUGCUGCAGCAGACGCUGUCGUGUAACGUUACUGCUGUAGAUGCUGAGACUGAAGAUGGAGACAAACUGACCUUCUCAUUAUCAGGUCCGAACAGUAUGUUCUUCGCUAUUGAUUGGACUACGGGGGCUAUAACGGUACAGAAUCCCAUUGACUACGAUGCGGGGUACCACACCUUAUCACUGGUAGUGUUGGUAGAGGACCUGGGGGGCAACAAAGACCGCCUAGACAUAACCGUCAACAUAGAAGACGUCAACGACAACGCACCGACGUGUACACCCAACACCUUUCAUGUCGCAGUCCCAGAAGAUGCCGCAGACAACACUGUUGUUGCGUCCCUCUUCUGCACCGAUGUCGACUCCGUGACCACGACCACACUGUCCUGUAUGAUUGUUUCCGGAGACCCCAGUUCAAAUUUCACAACAGAUACGCCCGGGACGUCAUUGUCAGUGAAGACAGCAGGUCCCCUUGAUCACGAGACGACGACUUCGUACACCCUGAUCGUCCACGUCUAUGACAACGACACCGAAGCGUCACGUCACACCGCUGUCGUCACCGUCGUCGUGCAGGUUGAGGACGUCGACGACAAUGCUCCUGUGUGGGUGACCAUGGCGCAGACCAUUCCCGUGUCGGAGGACGUCGUUCCUGGCUCCACCUUCUUCACUGUACUAGCUAUUGACCCGGACACAACUCCUGGAAGUACCGUCACCUACGUCGUCACAGGAGGCACAGGCAAGCACAGUUUCAAAAUCAAUUCUUUAACUGGAGAGUUGUCCACCCUUGUGACCUUGGAUUGUGACAAUAUCACCAAAUCCUAUGACCUCGUGUUGAAUGCAAGCGAUGGUCAGCAUAACACACCAAGUCUCAGUCUGACCAUCACCGUCCUGGACGUCAACGAUAAUACCCCCGAGUUCAAAGAGACGCCCUACACAUAUUCCAUCAUUGAGAACGCCACCCUCUCUACCUCUGUAGGAACGGUAUCUGCAACUGAUUCCGACGCAGGACAAAAUGGAAUGUUCUUCUUUUCCUUAGAUGUGUUUCUCCAAGGAACUCCGUCCCAUUUUACUAUUGACCAGACCACUGGCGUGGUCAGCACUACAGGGGGCCUCGACAGGGAGAGUCAGGAUGUCUACGUAGCUUUGGUCAAGGCUAUAGACAAAGGUCAACCUCGACUAACAGGGACAACCACACUCGUUAUACAUGUCACCGAUAUCAAUGACAACUAUCCUGUGUUCAGUGCAAAUCCCUACCGGGGAUCUGUCAUGGAGAUGGACGUGCAUUCCAGCAUCCUCACCGUGUCCGCAACGGAUAGGGAUAUAGGCACCAAUUCUAUGAUCACAUAUUCCAUUAAUUCCCUUUAUCCAGGACAUGCAACAGCGUCAAAUUUUAGCAUAAAUAGCUCCUCUGGUAUACUUUCGGUGGUAACGCCAGUAGACCGGGAAACCGACCCCACCUUCAUCUUGCACGUCCUCGCUGUCGAUGGUGGGACUCCAUCGCUCACGGCUACAGCGACGGUGAUGAUUGACGUGGAAGACGUCAACGAACCGCCACAAUGGGUAGCAACGUCGACUACAGUGUCGAUGGCGGAGGGUCUAGCGGUUGGGACACACGUCGCUAAAGUCGUUGCUGUAGAUAGGGAUUCCGGGAUUGGAGGCUCGGUGUUGUAUCGCAUCGCGGACAUUGCAGCAAGCAAUGGCACCCCGUCCCUAGGAGUGUUUGACGUAAAUACAAUCAGUGGGGAUAUUCGGACCACCCGUGUCUUGGAUUGUGACGUAGGGGUCCGCUCCUACACCGUCAUCAUCACCGCCACCGACGGACUGGGACAGACCGCUUCACCUAACUUUACCUUGAACAUCAGCCUUACAGACGUCAAUGACAACAGCCCUGUGUUUGGGAGAAUCGCGUAUUCAUUUACAAUAGCAGAGAACAUGGUGGUCGGCAUAACGGUAAAUGGCACCACGCAGGUGUCUGCAUCCGAUGCAGAUUCAGGACAAAACAAUAUUGUAAAGUACAAAAUAGCCCGGUUCCUGGAAGGCGAAUCCUCGCAUUUUUCUAUAGAUACUGACACUGGCGUAAUAACCACGGCAAGUAGACUGGACAGAGAGACCAAUGACAGGUAUGUGUUCGUGGUGGUUGCCCAGGACACUGGAGUACCACCGCUAACCGGCUCCACCACCGUCACAGUGACAGUCACAGAUGUGAAUGAUCACACCCCGCAGUUCAGCUCAGCUCAGUAUUCUGGACAAGUGGUAGAAGACGCCCCAAACGGCACCUGCAUCCUGUCUUUGACGGUAACGGACAGAGACGUGAGCAACAGCGGUACCGUGACGUUGUCUAUCACCACCCCGCAAUUAGCUGUUGAUACAUUUAGCAUAGAGUCAGUUUCAGGGCGGAUUUGCCUCCGGAAGACCGUCAACAGGGAGGAUCACUCUGUGUACACGUUCACCGUCCGGGCUGAUGAUGGUGGAUCUCUCACGUCGACAACCACCGUCACCGUCCACGUCCUCGACGUCAACGAUAAUCCCCCUGUAAUGUCUCCGGUGUUCUACAAUACUGAAGUUGCUUACACCGGUGUCUGUGACAGCUCCAUCACCACCGUGACGGCAACAGAUGCAGACAGUGGAAUAAAUGGGGAUAUUACAUACUUCCUUGAGAGGAACGUGUUUGCUUACCUGUUCACCAUUGACCCAUAUUCAGGAGUCUUUUCCAUGAAAUCCCAAGCAGGGAAAAGUUCUCGGUAUAUACUGGCGGCCUCGGCACAAGAUGGCGGCACACCGGCAAACAACGCAUCAACGCCAGCCAUUGUCCGUGUGGAUACGUUAGAUCUCAAUGACGUAGCGGUCACUAUUAGACUUAGCGUUGACAAAGCGGCGUUUGAAGCAAACAGUGCAGUGUUUAUACCUACGAUUGAAUCCAUUGUCAAGAGCAGCUUCCCGUCCGCCAUUUUGAAACUGUGGUGUGUGGAGUCAAGGAGUGGCUCGGCAGUGAUCCCGACAUCCUCCAGGAGAAAACUGCUGCAGUCGUCCAGCCCCGUUGACGUUCACGUAUACGCUGUAGCUGACAAUGCCAGCGACGACAUGGACAACAUCAACAAAUCGAAGACCUUUCUAACAUCGGCCCAACUGUUGCUACCGCUUGCCUCAGAUCCGAGUGGGACGCCAGUAGGACAACUGACAACAGGUGCCAUGAAAUAUUUCCAUGUCGAGGCUGUCACUGGAUACCACCUGGUUGUGACCCCUUGGGCGGAGACAACUGCCGGUAUUGCAAUCAUCACCGUCAGUGUCGUCCUCGCUGUCGUCCUCAUAACAGUAACCGUCGUCGUCAUUUGCUACACCUACAAACGCCGAAAGAGGCCUGUGUCGCCUCAGCGUCCUAGCCACGUGUACUCUUACGGCCGGCCGAAACAGAAGCCCGGGAAAGGAGCAGGGUUGGAGAUCGGCUAUCUGAAGAAACACCCCCCUCCGGUUCUGACGUCACUUCCGCUUCCUACCUACACGGUGAAGCCGCUGCCGAUGAAGACUGGAGAAGACGGCAUCACCAGCCUCGACUACACUAACAACGGUGGCAGGGCCAUCAACAGGGACUUCCAGGGUUCGGCUGUGGAUGAAGCUACAGGUCGGGUAUAUCACUACGACACGAGGAAGAACCAGAGACGCUGGAUGACGACACCGGAAGGGAAGUCUGUCCGAGUUACUCACCACUGACGUUGCCAUGGAGAUGUCCCCAUAAAAUCGGCAAAGCCCUGAUCGCACUAUUUUUACAUUUGUACUAUGAUGAUGCUAUAUAUGGGUGCUAGGAUACCCCUGUGAUCAACGACAAUCUCAGGGCCGUCUUUGUAGUGAGUGGGUGAGUUUGAUUGUCUUUUACAAUUGAGUACAAUCAUCCCUAUGAGAAAAAAUAUCUUUUCGUGGAUAUUCUUUUUUUGAAAGCAAGAGUGUAAAUUGGAUUUGGGUGCAAUUCAUUACUCUUGCAUCUCUUUAAAGUUCCUAAUUGUGCUGAUUUAUACAAGUGUGAGACACUUUAUUGAUAGGCACUGAUGGCAUAUACCAAAAUUCGCCCUAAUUCACUGAGUUCAAUUCCUCAUGCUUUUGGCUUUCACCAAAGCGGUUGGGGCACGGGUGGCCCAGUCGUCUGAGGCGCCGCUGUUCGCUGUGCAGACUUGCGUCCCUUGGGCACGCCAGAAACAUUAUCCUGGGUUCGAAACCAGGUUUGCCCCGAUUAUGUUUCUAAGUUCGUCAGCACCAUACCCGUGUUCGUGGG